AUAUAAAUUAUAAUUGUGGAUUAUAGCUAGGCAUUGUAUUUCCCUCGUAUGCUUCACUUAUCUCAAGUCUCAGUCUUCACUCCACAUGUCCAAAUAAAGAAACAUACACUCACUCAGUAUUAUUACACAACUGUUUCAACUCGUCCUCAACUCAGUAAACUCAGAAAUGACCGAGUUACAGCUCCCGGAGCCCCAACUCAACGGCGCCGCCGCCGCAACUCUGGCCGUAACUUCCGCCGAAAACGUCGGAGCCAAGCGCCAACGCCGGCCCAGCGUCCGACUAGGCGACAUUGGCGGCGACCAGUCCUUCGAUUCUCACCUCAAUCUCCGAAGAUCCAGCAAGUUUCAGUGGAGAAAUCAAGUUAAUAGAGCUACUGAAGGCUCAAAGACUCGAGCUUUAUUGAAUUUGAGCGGCUUUGAGGGCCAAGAAACCCUAGAUGGUGAUGAUAGAGAGGGAAAUUUGGAUGGGGUUGCGAUUGGGAGCUGGAAAGUCGGGGACUUUAUGUCGAAGAAGCGGUCGGGUGGGGGGAUUAAGAGAAUUAGGUCUAAUUGGGUGUCGAAAAUGGGUGAUGAUGGUGGAGAAGGUGAUGAAUUGGAUAAGUUUAGUGAUGAUGGGGGAGAGGGGUUUAGGGAUGUCGAUGAUUCGGAGAGUCCAAGGAAGGGGAUUAGUCGCGGUGAUGGUGGUGGUGAUUCGAUGGAUGAGGUUAGGAGACAGGAGGAGGAGAAUUGGGGGAAUUGUAAUGGGGAGAGGAAUGGGGUUAGGGUUUGGUUGAAUGAGUUAGGGCUAGGACGGUACGCCCCGGUUUUUGAAAUUCAUGAGGUGGAUGAUGAGGUUUUGCCAAUGUUGACAUUAGAGGAUUUGAAGGAUAUGGGGAUCAAUGCAGUUGGGUCGAGGCGGAAGAUGUUUUCGUCGAUUCAGAGGCUUGGGAAGAAUUUUUCGUGAGCUGGAUGGGAAGGGAAGACAGAUUGUCGGAACUGGUUUGAACUUUUUAGUGUAUUUUAUUUUAGAUUAGUAGUCUUUGUUUUUUAUUGGAGUUUAUAAAUCUAAUGUUACUCAUUGUCAAUGAUGCUGUUUUUGGUAAAUAGUUAUAACUUUACUAACAUAAUCUUAAAGAAUUUUGUUCCUUGUA